AGUCCAUUUCGAACAUCUGAACUGAGGUGUUCACAAUUUCAAACGCUGCUACGAUCCGUUCGUUCGUCGCCCGUUCACUCUCUUGUGUUUGUGUUUUCAUUGCGUGUUCCCACUAGCUGUGUGAAUGCUCAGCAUAUAUCAUAAAUAUCAAACUAUAUAUACAAAAGCAGCAAAGGCGCGCGCGCGCGUUCACUCGUUCUCUCCAAAAGCAAAACACAAAUCAAACAAAAAUCAACAAGCUAUUUUAUUAGUGUGAAUAUAAUCAAAACGCAUAAAGACGAUAUAUAAAUUAAAAUAAGGAGGGGAAGGAAGAGAAAAAAAUUUACGUUCGGACGAUACAUUUUGCCAGAACAGAAUCAGGAGUAACAAGUAAAAGACGGAACACAGUAGCAAAGCAACAAGCUGCAGUGGUGUCAGCUUUGCUCAUUCAUAUACACGCAACAAAUAUUAUUGUUUUCGUCAAAUAAGGAACACUUAAAUUAGGAAAAAAGCACGAACAGCGGAUCGAGUGAAGAAUAAUAGCAGAAUUUUAACAAUAGCAGCACAUAUUUACGCGAUAUACAGAGUGAGAAAGAGAGAGAGAGAGAGAGUGAAAAAACCAACAACAAAAUUUAAGUAUCGCGAGGAGCUGAAUAAUCGUAAUCCCGUGCACAUUAGGUAAAUGUUCGUGUAUAUGUUAACGGUGUUUUAAGCUGAAAAAUCAACUGCGAGAAUUUGACUUCCAGAGAGAGAGAGAGAGAGAGAGCGAGAUCGAGAGCGAGAGAGAGAGAGAGAAAGAAAGAUACGAACGAGAUGCCGAUAAUCAAGUGAAUUGGUAUGAACGAAAAUAAAAAAAGACGCACUGCAUCAAAUAUCACAACAAAUAAACACAACACACAUACACACACACAGAGAGAGAGAGAGAGCACAAGCAAAAUUACAAUAGCGCACCAUUUGUUACAUGUUGUCAUUCAUCAAAAAUUCCAAGUUCAACCGCACAAUAAAGCACAUAAAUCAAGACUUCAUCCCCAUAGAAUUUGAUAUAGCCGUCGUUGGUGUUGCUGCUGCUGUUCUCUAUCGCAAUCAGCAUAUAUGCGCCAGCCCGUGUGUUCAUCGAUGUGCUGCUACUGCUAUCGUCAUGUGUGUGUGAAAGAGACAGAGAAACGUACGGAAAAACAAUGAAGAAUAAUCGAAUGAAAAUUGCGAUCAAAACCGCCGUUUGAACAGAGCAACAGUUUUUCAACAGACUCAAAAUAUAAACGACGACAACAAGAUGUACAAAAUAUAAAAGACGUCAAGAAAUUUUUUUUUAUACAAGUGGUAACAAAUGUGCGUACAAAACUCGGUUGAAUUUGCAACAGUUGAGUGGAAUUAUUCUCGGACUUCACGAUAACAAUCACCCAUAAAUUGUUUUCGAAAAUUAUACAAGAACUAGCAACAAUAAAAAAAAACGUAUUAAACCACUUGAUCACUUUGGUUGAUUAAACGGACAACGGCCCGCACACACGACACACACACACACACACACACGCGCGCGAACAAGCACGUUGAGACUCUGCAAAAUUGCCUCGAACCAUUGAACCAACAUCAACGGUCAAAGAAGGAGAAAGAAAAAGAGUAAACAAAAAAAGAGCAUAAAUAAAGGAAAAAUAAACAUACAUAAUAAAACUAGACCAAUUUCGCUAUUUCGCCAAACUCGACAAAUAACUACAAAUAAAGCAAUAAUAUUUAAUAUGAUGUGAAUUGUUUGCACUUCAACACCUCGGCAUCGUAUUGCUGCAUUGAGAUUUAUGAUUUUAUAUAUACACAUACAUAUAUACUGCGUGCGCGACGGAAUCGAUUUGUGUACAAUAAAAUUCGUUCGCCGCAAAACCAUUUAGAUAUGGUUAAAGUAAAAUAAUAUUGCCGUUAAUUAAUAUAUUGCGUCGCAUUUUUGCUGGCAAAACGGGAUACAGAACCAAAUAAUAAAAAAAAGAAGAGUUGGCUAUCGAAUCCCCCCAAAUGGAAUGUGUUGCAUUCAAUUCGCUCGAUUUCUCGAUUCCUCGAUGAAUAUUAAAUACUCUCGAUGAGAUCGGGGCCUGUAUUCAAAGAAUUGAUAUUAAUAUUUAAAAAUCAGCCAAACGACCGACCGGCAAAACAAUGAUAGUGUAUUUGCAAAGCGCACCAACGCGAUAUUUAUAGUGACAUAAGAGAAUUUGGCCACAUUGUGUAAAUUAUAUAGAACGCGGUUCGGGAAUAUGAGAUAUUGAAUCAUUAUCAUGAAACCGAACUUUUCAUCGUAAUUUGAGUCAGCACAAAUAUGUUUUGUAUUGUCUAAUGGAAAUUUUACGGUUUCUUUUUCCAUUGUGCUGUUUCGUUCAAUAUUUAAACAAAUGAAAAUAAAUGAUAAAUAGUGAGUGUAUUUAUAAACUGUGAACUGAUGUGAGUGUGGUGAGCACAGAAAGCAAACCAUUUCGAGAUUUCAUUUUUUAAUUUAAAAAAAUAAAGUAUAAAGUAUAUAUAGCGAGCGAAAAUAAAUAAAUAAACAAAAGUAAACACUAAAUUUAGCAAACACACACAGUUUCUUUUCCACAUUUUGCCACAGAGCAAAAGAGCAAAAUAAACGACGUUAUAAACCGCGCGCGCGGUCACAAAGUCAUUGGAAGAGAAGUCAAUCAAACGAACGACACACAGGUUUUUGUCGUUCAGAGUGGUUGAAUGUGUUAACGUGCAUGAAAAACGUUGCUACGCUUGCUUCUACUGUUAUUGCUACUGCUGCUACUGCUGCUGUUGCGUUUCCAAUUCGAGCCUCAACAUUUGAACGAGCACACGAAGGUGACAUCACGACAAUUUAUCAUGGCAAUGGAAUGGAUCACGGCUAUCGAUAAAAGACCGUGUGAUCGAAAUUUACGUGAUGCCGAACUUAUAUCCUGUCGUUUACGACGUGUUGAACCACUAUGCCGUUUGCCCGGCUCAGCGCUGCAGCAACUGGCUAUGUGCGGCUUCUACGAGGAUUUGGAGAAAGGAAUCACCUUAUUUCGAGCUGGUGAACAAGGGCGCUUUUGGUAUGCUGUUCUUGGUGGAUCGUUGGAAGUUCGUUAUCAUGCACCUGAUACAGAAAAUAAGAGCCCCGUUACACUAUGCAAUUUAGGCGUUGGAGCUACAUUUGGUGAAUCAAUCCUGCACGACCUUCCACGUGAUAGCACAGUUGUGACAAAAACCACCUGCGAAUUAUUACGUGUUGAACAACAAGAUUUUCGUUUAAUUUGGGAGAAAAAUAAAGAAUUAAUGAACGACAUUAUCACCAACUGCAAACUGAAAAAUGGUUUUGGCCGUGGCAUUACACCUGCGGCACAGUCACCGGUGCGUCGCGCCAACAGUCCCGACCAUCCGAAUCCAGCGUUGGCAAUCACCGAAAUUCCAAGCCCAGCGAUAACACGAAUCGGUUGGGCGCUACGUGUCCUAUUACUGUCUGACAGCUCCAGCUGUCUCAAAGAUCGGAAGGUUUCAGGCAAAUUGAUUCGAAAAUGUGCUUUGGGUACCGAACUUGUCGACUGGCUGAUGAAUUUAUCGGUAAUCGUACAUACAAGAACACAGGCAGCUGGUAUGUGGCAAGCAAUACUCGAGGAAGGUGUUUUAAGUCACGUGAACAAAGAGCAACCGUUCAAAGAUAAGUGUUUCCUGUAUCGAUUCAAAGUGGAUGAGGAGGGUACAGGUUUGCAGCCAACAUCAGACGAACAGACGGCGGCAAAUGAACAUGUACGCGAAGCGUUAGGCACUCUUUUGCAUCGUGGCUCUGAUGCUACAUUGCGAAUGAUUUUACGAAAAACAUCUCAUGAGCGCACGCAAGAGGAACUCGAACUGGUAUUUGAAGAGCUACUUCAUAUUGCAGCCUUAUCACAUCUAUCAACAUCAAUAAAACGGGAAUUGGCAUCAAUUAUUGUGUUCGAGGCACAUGCCAAUGCGGGCACCAUUCUAUUUAAUCAGGGUGACGAAGGACGUUCAUGGUAUAUUUUACUAAAAGGAUCCGUUGACGUUGUAAUUCAUGGCAAAGGAACCGUCGCAACACUGAAAGAAGGCGAUGAUUUUGGUAAAUUGGCACUCAUUAACGAUGCUCCAAGAGCUGCCACAAUUGUACUGAAAGAAAAUAAUUGCCAUCUAUUGCGCGUCGAUAAGGAGCAUUUCAACCGAAUUUUGCGAGAUGUCGAAGCGAACACAUUGCGUCUACAGGAACAUGGAAAAGAUGUUUUGGUUUUAGAACGUGUUGCCAAACAACGUGGGUUUUCCUCCGCAUUUAAAUAUACGGUGAUGUCUGGAACACCACAAAAGAUGCUUGAACAUUUACUUGAAACUCGCUUAGGUGGACAAGUGGGACCAAACGAUCCAUUCCUGGAUGAUUUCAUAUUAACGCACAUUGUUUUUAUGCCCGUGCAGAUUCUAAUCAACGAAUUAGCCAAUUUAUUUCACAAUGGAGGCAAUGAUGAAAGUGAUUUAUCAGCAACGGCCGAAGACUCCGAGUAUACACUGACAAUGCGUAAGCGGGUAAUACAUUUUGUCCAGAAGUGGGUGACUGCCGUGCGACAAGCAGUUUUCGAAGAAGCAUUGACUGUUGGUUUUAUUGAGGAAUUGGCAAGCGUUGUUGAUGGCGAUCCCGAUUUACAGGAAGAAGCUGGCAUCAUGCAUCAUGUGCUAACACAACUAUUAAGAUAUCAGGACGAACGACAAGCACAAGCUGGACAAAAAUGGAAGCUACCGCCGAACGGUCAACCGAUUUGCUCGUUUUCUGGCAGCGAAAAGCAAAGUCGAACAGCGAUUCGACCUGAAGAUGACAUUAUAUUUCGAGUGUACUGUGCGGACCAUACAUAUUGUACAUUAAGAUUUCCAAUAAAUGCGACGACUGAAAUGAUAAAAGCAAGCGCCGCCGACAAAUUGCAAUUGAAUCGUCCGAACGAAGAUUUGGUGUUAGCUGAAGUUAAGUCGAACGGUGAACGUACCAUUUUCAAAGAUCAUGAUGUCAGCAUACCAACGGCAUUGUACUUAAAUGCUCGCAUUUUCGUUUCAUCCAAAGAUCAUAUCGAUGCGUUGACACCGUUGCCCGAGCAGGAGGAGAUCACCGAGGGUAUUCCAAUGGAAUUAGAGCAUCUGGGCACCAAAGAAUUAGCAUUCCAUAUUACACAAUUCGACUGGGAUUUAUUUUGGUCGGUGCAUGAAUACGAAUUGCUCUAUCAUACGUUCGGCAGACAUCAUUUUGGCAAGAUUACGGCCAAUUUGGACGUAUUCAUCAGACGCUUUAACGAAAUUCAGUAUUGGGUUGUCACGGAAAUCGUAUCACAAUCGAGCAUCACCAAACGCGUAUUGCUGAUAAGGAAAUUCAUUAAAUUAGCAGCUUACUGUAAGGAGUAUCAGAAUUUGAAUGCAUUUUUUGCGGUUGUCAUGGGUUUAUCGAAUAAUGCUUGCUCAAGGCUGACACAAAGCUGGGAUAAAGUACCGUCGAAAUUUAAAAAAUUAUUUAUGGAAUUCGAGGCGCUCAUCGAUCCAAGCCGAAACCAUCGGGCAUACAGGGCAUUCGUUGGAAAAUUGCAACCGCCAGUUAUUCCAUUUAUGCCGUUGCUGCUGAAGGAUAUGACCUUUGCGCACGAGGGUAACAAAACCAGUUUGGAUGGUUUAGUGAACUUUGAAAAGAUGCACAUGAUGGCGCAAACUAUGCGAACAAUUCGGUUUUGUCGAUCAAGGCAUUUGGUCCUGGACCCUCCGUCGCCGAAGAGUGAGGGCGAUAUUCGUUCGUACGUUGGCUGUUUCCGUGUGAUUGAAAACCAAAGACAAUUGACAAUAAUGUCACAGAAAAUCGAGCCUGGCCGAAGGCAAUGAAGUGAUUAAAACUGUUGCCGCACACCACCACCACCACCAACAUCAUCAUCACCAUACAACACCAUACCAGAAUGGUAAUUGCGCUUAUUGUCUGCCAGAUCUAAACCACUCAUUUUAUAUAUACAUGUAUAUGCGGCGCGCUAGCAACACACACUCGAUUUGGACCACUUUUCAAGUGGAUGAUAAUUCUGCAUUUCUCCCCUAGCUCUUUCUGUAUGUCUCUCUCUAUUUCACUUUUGCACGUUCCGUGUGUGUGUGUAUGGCCACACAUACAACUGGAUUCUGCACUCGGAAUAGACAUUCAAGUUAACCACAAAUGGAUUUGAGCUAAAAAUCUUAACAGAAUCCAUCCACUGAGAAUUAAAUCUAACAAAAUUGCGAAUUGCAACACUCUAAAUGCUAGGUAAUUAUUGAAUCCUUAACACAGAUGAUAAUCACACACACCACCAACAACAACAACAUGUAAGCUGUUUUGUAUAGCACGUCUUUUUCUCUCGACUUCUUUUUGUAAACACACUCGAAAUUGAAAUUAAGAUACAAAAUGCUCCACCAAUCUACCCAUUGAACAAGAACCUACACAUAAACACACAUUUUUACUUAAAAUUUAAAACGCAAUAAAUUGCAAGUCUUAUGAGAAUUUAAAAAAAAACAUUGAAAGAUAAAUAUAUAAAUAUAACAGAGUAAUAUAUACACAGAAGAAAUAAUACAACUAUUAACGUGUUGAAACCAUGUUUGACAAAGGAAACCAUUGGGGGAAUAAAAAUAGCAUCCUAGUCUCUGCAAUAAUAAGUUAUAGCAUCUAAUGCAUUUUAUCACUUCACAUACAUGUGUCGAACUGAUAUAUACUUGUUGUUACACAAUGGAAAAUAAUGAAACAACAGCAGCAACAACAACAAAAUGCUAACUGCAAAAGAGACAAGCAAACCUAGAGGAAAAAAAUCUGAACGAUUUAUAUGUAUAAUACAACAUACAGCAUACAGCAACAAAUAAAAAAAAAUGUAAUGUUAAAAAAUGAAUCUGAUGUGUGUCAAUGACAUAGCAAUUUUUAAGAAGUCCCGAGUAAGUUUAAGCACGUACAAAUAAUCGUAAAUAGGAAUUUAGAUAAAUGGUAACGGAAGCAAACUACGAAAUAAACAGAAGAAAAACAGAAAAGAACGCGUCUGAAUGGUAACGGAAUGAAAUGUCGCGAAUGUAAUGUGUAAUUCAGACGAAUUCAGAAGAUGAAGUUGUUGAUGUUUAUUUUUGUUCGUCUCAUUUUCAACAACAACAACAAAAUCAUCAGCAACAAUAACAAACAUUUUUCUAUUUCAUUAUUUGGUUGACUUUGUACGACAUUUUCAUCUCUCAAUGUAAUUGAAAUGAUUGUAAUGACAAUCAAAUAAGUAGUUUUAUAAUGCACUGCACAUAUAAAUCCAAGCUGAUUUCUUUUUCAUGCGAUAAGAGCAUUAAAUGUGCAUAUUUGUAGAUUCAACCGUUUUCCCUUGACGUUCCUCAUAUCUAUCCCCAAGUCCCAUCCCUUUUGGAUACGCAACAGCGUAUUUUCACUCUCCGCCUCAUACAGACGGCUAAUUGCAUAGUUUAUUCAAAUUCAAUAAAGUAUAGAGAAACCAAACCGUUCCGUGUCAAUGAUAUGGAAAAAAAAAUUGCGGAUUCGCAUACACACUCGUACAUUAUAUAUAUAAUGUACAACAACCGCUUCAACAGCCAAACGCGUUCGAAUUGAAUUUUAAAGAGAAGAAGAAAAAAAUAACAACAGCAUCGACUACGACAAAAACAUGAAAAUGAAGCUGGCAAAGAAAUCGCAUAAUUGGGACACUCAUUCAAAGUGGCUCCGAUUCUUUUCAGCCACUUGAACACUCUUUUUUCUCUUUCACUCCCUCCUUCCCUCUCAUUCUCUUUCUCACACUCUAUUUGAGAAGAAGAAAAAACAGAAAGUAUUUUUCAUACGUCUUUUAUAAAACUGUAUAUAAAAGAAAACUCCUUUUAUUUUCUAUUUUUAAGUAGUUAACUUAACCAUAGGUAUGACAUUUCCGCACGUACACACAGCAAACAUUUAAAAAAAAUUCGUUUUAGCUUUUUCCUUCGUUUCUCUUUGUUUUUUUUUUUCGUUCUUUCUCUGCAUAUUUUUCUCGCGAAUUUUUCCUCUUUCAUUUUUUUCAAGUUUUUUUUUAUGGUGUGUUCAUUAUUAUUUUACUGAAGAAAAUCUGUGAUGAAAAAUUGAUGAAAAGAAGAAGAAGAAAAAAACACACCCAUAUCAUACUGUACUGUAAACUGAAAGAGAUUUCCUUUUGUGAAUCUGAAAUGUGUAAAAGUGAAAAUGAUUAUAAAUGGAAUCGAAUUUUUUUUUUUUAAAUACAUAGCGAUUUAAUAAAAA